CCUUUACAUCACCCUGCCGUUGACAUUUCACGCCGCAGCUCAAUAACAUUUGUAAAAGCGACACGAUGAAGUUCAGGGGAGGAAAUUGAAGGGAAAACGUUGUGUUUUUGGACUGAAAGACUGGGCAAGCGGUACGGGAAGGAUGUCUCAGGUGCUGAGGCUUCUCUCGGCGGCCACCCUGCCUCUCUACCGGGCUGCCGGAGCCCGAGCGCGGCUCUCCGCGGUGACGGUAGGACGGCUUUUCACAGCCCGAUACCGAAGCUCCGCUGCCCCGAACGUCGGUCGGACUCCAGCUGACUUCCUGUCCUGUCGCAGGUUCCAGGCGGCUCAGCGACGACUGUACUCCACUGAACCCAAAGAUGGAAAAGGAGGAGGAGCAGGUAGACCAGGUGGAGGGAAGAGAGGAGGAAGUGGCGGAGGAAAAGACUGGUGGAGCCGAAUGCAAAAGGGUGACUUCCCCUGGGAUGAGAAGGAUUUCCGUUACUUGGCGGUCACCGUGGCCGGACUCAGUUCGGCUCUGCUCUACUUCUACUUCAGAGACAACGGCAAAGAGAUCAGCUGGAAGGACUUCGUCCACCGCUACGUGGGCAGAGGAAUGGUGGAACGUUUAGAGGUCGUCAACAAACAGUAUGUCAGAGUCAUCCUGGCGCCGGGAGCCGACGCUGAUGCGAGCUACGUUUGGUUCAACAUCGGCAGCGUCGACACGUUUGAGAGGAACCUGGAGGCGGCGCACAUGGAGCUCGGCUUGGAGGCGUCACACCGACCAGCUGUCGUCUACAGCACCGAGAGCGACGGCUCUUUUCUGAUCAGCAUGGUACCGACCAUGCUGCUGAUUGGCUUCCUGCUCUUUACCCUGCGGCGAGGACCAAUGGGAGGAGGCCCCGGUGGCGGGAGGGGCGGGCCCUUCAGUAUGAGCGAGUCUACGGCGAAGAUGAUGAAGGACAACAUUGAAGUGAAGUUCAAGGACGUGGCCGGCUGUGAGGAGGCCAAGCUGGAGAUCCUGGAGUUCGUCAACUUCCUGAAGAACCCACAACAGUACCUGGACCUCGGAGCCAAGAUCCCCAAGGGUGCUAUGCUGUCCGGACCUCCUGGGACGGGGAAGACUCUGCUGGCUAAAGCCACAGCCGGAGAGGCCAACGUCCCUUUCAUCACUGUAAAUGGCUCCGAGUUCCUGGAGAUGUUUGUGGGCGUCGGUCCUGCCAGGGUGAGGGACAUGUUCUCCAUGGCGAAGAAGAACGCCCCCUGCAUCCUCUUCAUCGAUGAGAUCGAUGCGGUGGGGAGGAAGAGGGGAGGAGGGAACUUUGGAGGUCAGAGUGAACAGGAGAACACUCUGAACCAGCUGCUGGUGGAGAUGGACGGUUUUAACACGGCUACUAAUGUGGUGGUCCUGGCUGGAACCAACAGACCCGACAUCCUGGAUCCUGCCCUGAUGAGACCGGGUCGCUUUGACAGGCAGAUCUACAUAGGUCCCCCAGACAUCAAGGGCAGGGCGUCCAUCUUUAAGGUCCACCUGCGACCAAUCAAAAUUGACCCCAGCUUGGACAAAGACAUUCUCGCCAGGAAGAUGGCCGCCGCCACCCCGGGAUUCACAGGAGCCGACAUCGCUAACGUCUGCAACGAGGCAGCUCUGAUCGCAGCCAGACACCUGAACCCGUCCGUCAACGGCAAACACUUCGAACAGGCCAUCGACCGGGUCAUCGGAGGUCUGGAGAAGAAGACUCAGGUCCUGCAGCCCACAGAGAAAAAGACCGUAGCGUAUCACGAGGCCGGUCACGCCAUCGUGGGCUGGUUCCUGCAGCACGCAGACCCACUGCUGAAGGUGUCGAUCAUCCCGCGGGGGAAGGGUCUGGGUUACGCCCAGUACCUGCCCAGAGAGCAGUACCUGUACACCAGGGAGCAGCUGUUCGACAGGAUGUGCAUGAUGCUGGGAGGCCGCGUGGCCGAGCAGGUCUUCUUCGGCAAGAUCACCACCGGAGCUCAGGACGACCUGAAGAAGGUCACACAGUCCGCCUACGCUCAGGUGGUGCAGUUUGGGAUGAGUGACAAGGUGGGGCAGGUGUCGUUCGACCUGCCCCGGCAGGGUGAGAUGGUCAUGGAGAAGCCGUACAGCGAGGCCACGGCCGAGCUGAUUGACGAGGAGGUCCGAGAGCUGGUGGAGCGAGCGUACCAGAGAACCAUGCAGCUCAUUGAGGACAAGAAGGAGCUGGUGGAGAUGGUGGGGAAGCGUCUCCUGGAGAAGGAGGUCCUGGACAAGGCGGACAUGUUGGAGCUGCUGGGCCCACGGCCGUUCGACGAGAAGUCGACGUACGAGGACUUUGUGGAGGGGACGGGGAGCUUCGAGGAGGACACGAGUCUGCCUCAGGGCCUCCGAGACUGGAACCAGGAGAGAGGAGAGGAGGCCGAGGACACGAGCCCGGCUCAGGACAAACAGCAGGCCGUGUAGAGUCCGAAAACUCUGAAGAGAAACAAGCUUUAUAUCCAGCUGCAAAAAAACAACUUAACGCUGACUCACAGUUUCACAGAGCCUGGGAGGUGUGAGGGGGGAUUUUUAUAAUAUAGAUGACCAGCAGCAAGGUCUCAGUUUCAUCCAGUUUGUCCCCUCAACACUCUCAGAUUUGAUUUUAAUUUUGGACCGAGACAUUUGGGUUUUGUCUGUUCUAAAAAAAGAUGUACAAAAGAGAAAGAAGAGGGCAAAUGAAAUGAUAAUUCCUGCUCUUAAAUUGGUUUAAUUAAGUAAUUCAAGUUUAUUAAUCACCACUUUGAGAGAAUGUUUCUGCCGCCAGGCUCUGCACCAUCUGCACUCAAAUGUAGAAUUUACUUUGAUUCCACUGAGGCUGCGAUCAGUUUGUUUUUUCACCGUUCGGACAGGAAGACUCCAAAUCGCCUUAAACAGGAGAUAAACAGACUGUUUUUAAUAUUCCUUAAGCGAGUGUACAUGGUGCACAUUUACAACAGGCUGAUUUUUAUUUUUAUUUAUUUCUGCUCCCUGACUGACGAAGUGACUGUCUGAAGAAGUUUUCUGCAGCCAAAUGUUUCGCCGGGUUUAGUGUUCAUGCCUACAACACCAGAGCGACUGUCAGUUUGAGCUCUACGGAGUUUGGAUUUCUUUUAUACAAACACCUUGAUGCUGUAAAAAGAUGUGUAGAUGAUUGUGUACAUUUUGUGUGAUAAUGACUAAACAGGAAGCUGCUACAUCCACUGA